AUGGAUAACCAAGAAUUAAAAUAUAAGAGCAGAGAGGGGCCAGUAAUGGGUAUUGCUGGCAUUCAACGUAGUGAGCACGAACUAUUAACUGUAGUUGACGCGAUACAAAUAAAUGAGUGUUACGGCAAAGAAUUAUUAGAUCCAAAAUAUAAAAAGAAAACACCAUUUAGACUUAUUGAAGUUAUAAUGAACCGAUGGUGGUUUAGAAGUCUUUUCAACCAGAAAACCUCUUUCGAAUUUCUUAACAACAUCAUAUCAAUAGAGAGGAACGCGUACUCUACAUUUAACGUGAUAUUUCCUUUCACAGAAGAAAACAUUAAGAUUGCUUAUAACGGAAUUAAUAUGAACAUUUUCCUACCAAAUAUGGUAUCAGGUGACCAAUUGAUUUUAUCUUCUAAAUACAGCAUACUGAACUUGAGAACUCUUACGAUUACUCAAGGCGACAUCAACCUUCUUUUCCAAGAUCUUCAAGUGAAUGAAAAACUAUUGACAUUCAAUGAGAAAAAAGAGUAUAAAAUUGAAUUGAAAAGGAGUCUCCCUUAUAAAAAGCAGACACUUCAAGAAAUUAAAGAUAAUCCGGGAGAUGAACUUCCUAUGAGAGAGUUGAUUUUGACCGUUGAGUUGACUGUAUCGAAGGCUGAAGUAUCAUUUCUCCUAGGCCAUCAUGGAGAACGCAUUGAACAAAUACGAAGCCUAUCUUGUGCAACUAUUAAAAUCCUCCCCAUAGAGAAAAGAUUGACCCUUCGAGAUUUAAACCAUCCUUCACAGAUAAUACAGCAGCUGUCUAUUACAGGAAAUAAAUAUUCUGUUGCUGUAGCGCUUUCUCGAAUUGAAGCAGAGUUGGGAAUGUUCAACCUCUCCUUUGGGCGGCAAUAUUAA